CUCAAGACUCUCGUCCAACCUCAUCAUCACCCACCACCACCACCACCACCACCACAACUACUACCACCGUUGCCCUCGACACCUACGGUCCUUCUGCCACUCCUGACACUAUCACCUCCCUCGUUGUAUCUUCCCGUUCCCCAUAUAGCAUGUAAUUGUGCCCGUCCGUCGCCUUUCCCUUGCCGACUGUUUCCUCGCUCCUCUUGUUGGUCGCAACCUACUCACCCCAGUCUUUGUCGCCAAUUCUCUCGCUUCCCUCGAUUCUCUUCUUCCUCAACAUGACUUGAUGCACAAGUCUCGUGUCAUUUGUUUCGCUUCAUAGUCGUCGUCGCUCGCCUCUUCUACCAAACCACCAACUAUGGCUGCGCCGAGUUCUUACUCUAAUUACAAGACCAAUGUCGGUAGAUCUGUCACAAAGAAAUGGAAGGAAGCAAACCAGAUCAGCUACGAUGGCGAUGAUUGGGGAGACGAUGAUGACGAGGACUAUGGCCACCAACCUCAUCCCCCUCCUGUUCCUGCUUCCGCUGGUCCAACUCGCCCUUCUCAGCCUGUCUGGGAGCGUCAGCCUGCCCGAAGCUUCACCAGUCCCGUUCAACCUCCGCCUCCCGCCCCGUCGCAAUCCUACGCAAGGCCUUCCUUUGACCGAGGUGAUGAUCGGCGCCAGUUUCCUUCCUCCGCUGGCUUCGACUCGGCCUAUCCCACCUCCCAACGCCCGCCCUUUCCUGACCUGACACAUGAUGACACCGGCUCUCACUCCUCACUACGUGACCAGUCUUCGUUGAGAUCAAACACCCCUUCACAAAGCCCCUCACCUUCGUUUCGACCAGGGUCUAGAGGCAGUUCAAGAGGCAGACAAUACUCCCCUUACAACGAUGCGGCUUACGCUGCCCCAGGUGGUUACCCCCAGCCCCCAUUCUCCCCCCAGCAGCGACGUUCCGGAUCCAGCGGCAGGCCAGCUCUUGCCGACCUAUACCAACGGCACGACAGUCCCGCCAGACCGGACAGCCGCUCGUCAAACAUGUCUGCCCGGCAUUUCCCACCUCGGAAGGCAAGUCUCAGCCAGCAGCCUCAGCCCUCAGACCUGCCGCACUCCUCUGCCGAUCAUAUCCCAAGCGGCCCCGUGGCUCCUUCCCCCAGCACUGAAGACAAACCUAUCCCUGCUUUUAUCCGACCAUCAGACAUUUACAAGCAAAUCCCCGAGGCCUUGGAGAAAGUCCGCAAGUCCCAAGAUUCCUCACGUCCGAGUCUGGACUCACUCCCAGCACCACUACCAGAUUCACGACAACUGCCCCGUGGCUCGUUCGAUCCCAAAGAUCUUCCCAGCCCGGGUCCGCAAUCCACAGAUGACUCCGACUCUAUGCGGCGCCUGAAGCCAUCACUCGACACCGUCGUGGAACGCAAAUCCGAGUAUGGCAUGGAAAACUUGCUGGGAAGUCCCACAACAACCUCCAUUGCCCCACCAGAAGUCAAGACCUCCGAUACAAACAAGGAUACCCAAGCCGAUGGAGUGUCGAGGCAUCCAACCAACGCUUCGUCUGUUUAUACAGAUCGCCCUGACCCUGUUUCGGCCUCCACCGUUUCGCGAUCGUCCUCAGUUGACCUAAAGCCGGAGCCACAAUCCCUAGCGCCUGACCGCUCCAGCUACGCCUUCGGUCUCCCUCCGCUUGGUAGGCUGUCCACUUUUGGUGUGGACUUGGGAUCAUUCGGUGUCACACCCUCGACCUCUUCUGACCCAAUUCCCACGCCCGCGUCAACCCAACUGCCUGCUCCAGGAACCCGCGAUGAAGGCUCUGACCAAGCCUCGACAGGUAGACCUCUCCAGCAUCAGAGCUCACUUGGGUAUAAGACGCUUGUUCGAACAGCGUUUGAGCAGAGUCAGACAGAUGCCCUUUCCUCCCCGUCGAGUUCGGGGGACUGCGACAGGUCCAACAGCGCCUCUACCACAGAUAUCAGCCCUAUCAUUGGCCACAAAGGCUCGAGUCUGGGAAUCACUGGCCCAGAUCCGGGACCCGGGAUCCCUGCAAUUCUCGAAGAGGAGGAAUCUUCUAGUUCUCGGCCUACAUCGACUGCAACGUUGAAAGCCGCUCAGCCUCCAUCAAGCCGUCGAGAUGACGAUGAGGAACAGUCCUUCGACAGCAUGCGGUCAGGUUACCGACGGCCAUUCAGCCCAAUGGGUACCGAUGACGCACCUACGCAACAAUCGGGCAGCUCGACUACCACCCCAGCGCAGAACCCACCGCCAACCGAAAAAAGUCUUCCUCCUGUACCACAAUCGACAACGGCUAUUUCACCGGAACAGCCUAGCACCGAGCGAACGACGUCCGAAGAGUGGGAAGAUUGGCAGGCCCAACGGCACAAAUUCAAGGCACAGGCAGGACUGAAUGAUACUGAAACAAACACUUCAGUUGCCUCGUCACCGAAUUCGCAACCAGAGACACAGCCUAUAGGCUCAAAGGCUACACACCUGGAGGAAACGGAUGCAAACUCAGGAAGGUCAACACCGACUUCUUCGGCUGUCCUCCCUUCGUCGUCUGCCAUGGACCCCGAUCGGCCUUUGGCGCAGACGCGUGCAGAAAGCUUUCGCCCAGCAAUUCCAGGAGGCUGGCAAUCAUUCACGAACACCCCAGGAACUGCCUCCCCGGAUCUGGCCGCCACUGAGCUUGGGGCUGUUGAUUCGAAGGAUUUGAAUCCUGCGGCAGACAAUACGGAGGCAAAGAAUGCACAAGCACCUCCCGCAACCCAUCCACUGGCUCGUCCUGCUCUUAAUGCCAAUGACACCCAGCAAAGCACCGAGAGCAUUCCAACGGCCCGACCUCCACCCAGCUCGUCUCUUGGACCUGAUAAUCCUACUCAGAAGGCGUUUGCCGCAGCUGCUAGCGCUGGAAAUGCAUUAGCAGGCUCAUUGUCUGGUCAGCAGAUUGCACACCGUGGGUCAGGAACGCCUAAUCGCUCGCCCACACGGUCAGAGAUAUCCAGCGAGAACGAAUGGGACGCAUCGAGCGUAUCGAGUGGAGAGCCGGCUGGGACCAUUCCCAAGACAAAAUUGGUGUCGCCUCCCUCGGCCACGACGUCAAUGCCUUCCUCUAACGCCAUGUCAGGUGGGACUGGCAUAUCGUCACCUACAUUGGAGGAUAUUCCUGCACCGCUUCGCACUUCAAGGCUGUCCGAAUCUCUUCCCACCACUAGACCACCGAUUCCGGAUGUCACAAUUCCACCUGAUUCAGAAAAUGACAAACUUCAACAGGAUAUAGUCGAAAGCUUAACCGCCAAUUCUUUUGUGCCUGAUUCCAAAACUGGCGAUCCGACCUCACUUGCGAUCGAAUCAACAGAAACAGGCACGCAUGUGAUCAACGACCAUGUGCAGACGGAAGCAGUAUCCAGCCCUGUGACAGGCCAAUUGAUCGGCAGCCAAUCGACAACCGGCCGCGAACCCGGCGUAGUUGCAGGCGACCGCCCAUCUCUACCAAAACGGUUUUCAUGGGAGACCGAGAGUGAACCUUCGACUACCGCUCUCACACCUAAGCCAACAAACGUUCCAACCACUGGCUCUCCGAGCACCCCAAAAGCAACCUUGGGAUUGUCGAGUGACUUGCCCAGUUUGCAAACGGGCCCUGGUCAUGUUGAGGGCGUUUCACAUCCGCGGCAACUCCAGCACCCAAUCGGUCCACAAUCACCACCACCCGUGCGUAGCCCUACAACAGCUAUUACAGGCCAAGCACCUGAGUCCGGCACAACCUCGCCUUCUCCUUUUGCUCAGGCAACAGGCUUGCGGCAGGCUUCUCAAACGGCCAAAGAGGAAAGCAUCUCUCAAUUGCAGGGUCGGCCCGGCAUGGUGGUGCAGCAGUCCGAGAUGUCAUCCAUGGAGCCCAGGGAGCCUCAAGAGACCAGAAACAACAGUAUGCCUCUUGACCCAACUCCACUAAAAAGUCAGACAGCCGUCGAGUCGGCUUCUUUCCGAUCCAUCAUGAACCUUGGCACAGCCCAAGAGCGCAUUUUGGCCUUCAAUGAGAGCAGGCGGCAACAAAGUGUUUCGGAUGGCCAACUCGAAGAAUGGCUACAGUCCUUGAAUACAGCCGAAUACUCCGAGUUGUUUGCAUCAAAUGGCCGCCUUGCUAAUGAUGCAGUCGAGUCCGGUGUCGGCUACAAGGCUUCCCCUCGACGAAUGCUCAGCGACUCGGUCGGCUCGAGACAUAUACAAGAAGACGGAAAGAAGUUGAUAGCCAAGGCAGGAAGAUUCGGAGGGAAGGCUGGCUCGGCAGCUAAAGGCUUGUUUGCCCGGGGCAAGGAGAAGAUGCGGACAGCCAGUUCUGGAGAAAAGGGACGUCGGAAAUCACCGAGCAUUUCAUCAGUCAAUUCGAACGAAGCCCUCCCAGAAGGACGAUCGCAGAUUCGGGCCGUCAUGUCUGAUGGCCCUCCUCAGAUCCCUUUCACCCUAUCUCCUGCAUCACCGCUCGCCGUGGAACCCUCCGACUGGUUCUCAAACUCGCUCGCGGACACAAAGCCCCUUUCGACAAGCAAUUCUGAGGAUGCAAGACCUUCCAAUGUGGACACUGUCGCCUCUUCCGACCCAACAUUGCGUCAGGCGUCAGAGCCCAUGGCAUCCCUUGCCACCAGACAUCAAGCCCACUCUACCAGCUCUGCCGUAUCCGCUCUUGACGAUGAAACAGAAGACGCGGCAGUUGUCCCGAGUCGCUCCAUAAGUCAAGUCACACGUCCACUUGCUGAUGAUUCGCAUACCAGCUCUCUACCCGCCAGUACUAUCGGCGACAAUCCCAGUCCUGGUCAGGCGUCAUCAUCGCGUUCAUACCACGACGACCCUGCGCACAAUUUAGUGGUUAUGCCUCGUACGCAAUCUCGCGCGCAGAUUGCAGGUGAUAGCUUCACUGAGGCCUCGCCGGAACCCACGAGCCUUCAAAUUCGCGACGAGCGACGAAGAUCCAUGCUCUCAGAUGUGUCUAGCGCAAGUCCAGUCCCGGCAAGGGAAACCGACACAAACAUAUCACGGCGAAGUGUCUCUCCCCACGAUGAAGGCUUCAGAGCGUCCCCGCCGCCUUUUGAGGAAGAGGACUCAGCUGCCGUCGCCAGAACGUCUGAUGACCAGCCGCCAGGAUAUCCUGGCCUUGCAUCUGGUCUCACAGACUUGCCUCCAGAGAAAGCGGCCAUUGCAGACACUUCUAUGGAGGAGGGAGCCAUCUCUGCAUCGGAGAUCGUCCCAGCUGAACAAAGACCACAGCCAGGCCGUGCACCAUCACCACGAUAUUCCAAUGACAUGUCAGCAGAUGCCGCCGCUUUUCAUUUGUCUGAUCCAAGUCCAGAUAUUAUCACAAGCGAUGACCCGAAUCCCGAGAUGCCCGAUCUGAGGAAGGCUUCUACUCAACCGAUCAGUCCCAUCAGCCAAACCCUUAGUAAAGGAAUCUCUCAGGUCAGUGUUGAAGAAGUAAACGAUGUAAACAAUGGCAUGAGCCCGCGACAGUCUCGAUCAUAUUCGCGGCCAUUCAGUGCUGAUCCAAAUGUCCGCAAUCAUCCAGCUUUCAAAGAUGCUGAGCCUGAACAGCCGCCGAUGGACAGAGCGCAGAUGUACUCGACGGAAUCAGCUUUUGCCGCCGAACAGAGUCCUUUACCAAGCGCUCGGCGUCCACUUGAGGACCUUCAGCACCAGAAACCCCAGCCUUCUGCAGAUGCGACCCGCGAGUCUCGGCAGAUUGACCCCUCUUAUCUCAGUCAUCCACUAGAUCAGCCGCCAGUGCCAGAAGGGACCUACCGCAUACCAGGUCCUUACAUCCAGAAUUACCGCUCACCAAAGCAGAUUACGACCCCACGGACUGGUCGUAGUGAGACCCAGAUAGCGGCCAGUGGACAGCCAUUACCAAGCGCAUUGAGGGCCCAGCAACUGCAGCAAUAUCAGGAAACUAUGGAACAGCAGCAAUAUCAACAACGACAAUCGCAAUCCUAUGGACAAGAUUUCCCUCGCCCGCCUAAGGAAGAAUUCCAGCGAUUUCCACAACACCAGCCCUAUCCUCAAAUCCAGCAACCGUGGCAGACUCAGACAUUGCAACCACAACAGCAAGCAUCAUAUGACGGUGAGCGUCACGAGAAGGCUCCACAGGCAACCCGACGAUCUGAAGCCUACGGCCUACCGCCUUCGGUGCCAUCAAAUCAAGGUCAAACAUCCGUCGAUGCAAGUACGGGUCAGCACUUUGCAGGACUUGCACAGUCUCAGCGACAGUCGAUGGGGCCGCCUCCAUUGCCCGGCAUUCAAACGCCUGUUGAGGACUUACAGGCCGGCCGAAAAAAGAGCGCCUUCGGCGGGCUUUUUGGAACGGGGGCAAAAUCUCGCAACAAACUACAAAAGGGUGCUUCCGAGUCGACUACCAACACUCCAUCUAGUCAACCCAAGGAGAAGAGAACUAGUCUGUUCCGACGAAAUAGUCGUCCUAACAGUAUCUCAUCACAACGAUCAAGCUUAUACGGUGGUCAAGAACAAUUUGGUCAACGACCACCAUCCAUGCAUGUUGCAUCUCAGACAACCUCAAAUCAACCACCAACAGGUCACGCGGUCUCACAUAAUACGUUUCAGCAACCUCAACGGCCCCAGGCGCAGUCACAAGCAUGGAUACAUCAGCCACCGCAUCAGCAUCAAAUUCCUCAACCGCCUCCUGAACAAGCGCAGCAACAGCAGCGCCAAUCUCAGACAUGGAUGCAGCCACAGCCACAGCAAUCUGCUAUCAAGCCCAAUGAAACAAAAAAGAAACGGUUCUCCGGACUUGGUGGACUCUUUCGAAGUAGCCAUAAGGCUGCACCGGCCGCCAGUGCUCCUCCUCAAAGCACACCUGGCAGAACAGCACAGCCUUUUAACCAGCAAUCACCUGUUUCAAAUGCCUUAUCUCCACAGGCUUACAUGUCGCAAAUGCAUCGGGAUCAGCCUGACAGAAGCGGCGCGUUUAUGAACCAGAGACCUGAGCAACCGGGGCAAGGAAUGGCUGCCGCUUCACAAUGGUAUCCAUCAGAGCAAGGGAGGAUGCACCCAUCUACCUCGCAACCAAAUCAUACGGAACGAAGCUACUCUCAAAAUUACCCGCCUCCCCAUAUAUCAGCAAGUCAUGACCAGGGCGCAAGUUUCCCGGCAAACAACUUCGCCAGAACUGAUUCAAUGGGUGGAGUAGUAAAUGCGUACUCUGCCGGCACAUCACCCCAAGGCGAUAUAUCCUCUCCUCUAGGAGGUCCUCAUGGACUACCACGAUCUAGCGGUCCAAGCGCGAGCCAAACUCCACAUGAGCAGACUCGAGUAUCGUCGCCCAAUGUUGAACAACGCAGACCAGCUGAUCUACGUAUCGACACAGUCAGCCCUAUUCGCGGUGGUCGCUCCGGCUUCCCUGCCACCGCGCCAACUCAGAUCUACCCACAGUAUCCCGCCAGAGACUCAUACUCACAUGUGCCGUCAACAGCUGGCGGACAGAUGCCUCAUCAAGACUUGAAGGCCAUGACAAACCCCAGAACGCAGAGCUCAAACACAAAGGACCAGCGUAGUCACGUCAUCGAUCUGCACAAACGUUCCCGAUCUCCGAAACUCGGUCGUCGCUCUUCUGAAGAUUUGCCAACACGCCCAGAUCUUCUGCAAGAGGAUCGAGGUUUGGCAAGUAACAGUCUAGGCACAUUCUCAAACAAAAGACUUAGUCCGGUAGGUGGUGUGGUCAGGUCAGAGGACGAUCAAGAGCGACCGUUUGCGAUUGGACUACCGCCGGGAAUGCUCGAGGACGAGCAGCAGGAUGGAAGAGAGCGACAAGGCGGACGAGGACAGGGCAUUGGUAGAAGCGACACUCCUGUCUCUGCACAUUCGAAAGAAGCCUACGAAGGCACCGGGACAGUGGGACGUGCAACCCGGGAGGGCUUGAGUCACGGCCUGGUUAGCCGGUCGGGCACAGCAGCUGGUGUGGGUCAGAAUGGUAGAGAUCGAGCCCGAAGUAUGAACAAAGACGAGGCGGCCAUCGAACUCCCUGGAUCCAAACCUGAUGGGUACGAGAGUGAAGAGGAAGUCGUGAUGAGUGCGACUGCUUAUCCGGGACAGGAAUGGAUGCCAGUGUUUGUCGGCGAUGGAAAAUGGGAUGAUUAAGAUGCGGAUCAGCGUCGCCCUUAUCCAAGAGGCGAGUGUAUUCUGGGGGUUGCAUUCCAGAUGCUAUCUUCCUAUGCUCCCCUCGAACAUUUGCGGUUGGUUCGUGCAAUAGCGGCAUAUCAAGGGCCACCAACCAAGACGAACCAUCACAAGCACACUUCUAGUCAUGACAGAGCCAGGACAUAUUGACACGCGAAUCGACACGCGAAUCGUGCAUUUACAUUGCUAGGCGGGUGUACUCAUUUCCAGGCGAAAUCUGGCUUAUCUUUUUGGGGGGUUUCACAGGGUUUCUGGCAUAUUUCAGCAAGCAAGCAAGCAAGCAAAAGUCGAUCGAAGCAAGCCAGGUAGCGUAUCAAAGUACUGUACAUAUUGCACAAGGCGCAGUGUCACGAAUAGGAUAUUUUGUGUCUUCUUG